UGCGUGUGCGUGCGCGGCCGAGGCCCGCCGCGGCGCUGUGCGGUUCCGGCGUCGGGGCCCGGCAUGGCGGGGGUCGGGGCCAGGCCGGGCCGGACCCGGACCUAAAUGCCUCUACUUCUCUCCGCGCUGUUGGUCUUGCUGCUGGUUGCGCUUAGCGCACUCUUCCUAGGCCGGUGGCUUGUGGUCCGGUUGGCCACCAGGUGGUGUCAGCGGAAGUUGCAGGCAGAACUAAAGAUUGGCUCAUUCCGAUUUUUCUGGAUCCAAAAUGUCAGUCUUAAGUUUCAGCAGCACCAGCAUAUGGUGGAAAUUGACAACUUGUGGAUUUCCAGAAAACUCCUUAGCUAUGAUCUGCCACACUAUGUGGCAUUGUGCUUUGGAGAAGUACGCAUCAGAACAGACCUCCAGAAGGUUUCUAGCUUGUCUGCUCCAUUCUCUCAGAACACGGAGGUGGAGCAGAAGGAGCUGUCCCUUAGCCCAUCCUUGUUGAAGAUCUUCUGCCAACUAUUCUCCAUUCAUGUCGAUGCCAUAAACAUCAUGGUUCUCAAGGUGGCCACCUCCGAGUCCUUGUGGCACAUCCAGAUCAGCAAAAGCAGAUUUCUUUUGGACAGUGAUGGGAAAGGUCUAAUCGGUCAGGUGAACCUAUCAAAGAUCAAUAGCAAAAUCUUGAAGAGUGGUCAGCUGGAGGAUACAUGCCUGGUAGAACUGUCACUGGCCCUGGACCUGUGUCUACAGGUGGACAUCAGCAGUUGGCACCUGAGGGCUAUCACUAUGGAUGUGUGGACGCUCCAUGCUGAGCUCCAUGAAGGUCUCUUUCAUAGUCAACUACUGUGUCAGACCCCAGGCCGGAAAUCCAAGUCUGGUUCUUAUUCAGAUUUGACAGAGGACUUUGCUGAACCAACUCUGCCUGGCCUAUACCUUCUCCAGCAGCUGCCAGACCAAGUCAAGGUGAAGAUGGAGAACACAAGUGUGGUGUUGUCUAUGAAUAGUCAGAAGAGGCACCUGACUUGGACACUGAAGCUGCUGCAUUUCCUGUACCACCGUGAUGAGGAUCAGUUGCCCCUUCGAAGCUUCAUGGCCAACUAUGAUAUGGCACAGAUGAGCACUGAACUCCUACUAGAAGAUGGGUUGCUGCUGUCCCAGAGUCGCCAGCGGAUUGUCUGCCUCAACUCCCUCAAGGCUAAUGUCCAGGUAACUACCAUUGACCUCUCAGCUUCCCUUGUUUUGAACACAUGUAUCAUUCAUUACCGACACCAGGAAUUCUCUCACUGGCUGCUUAUGUUAGCAUUGGAGACCCAAGGAGCUAGCUUACCUGAUCUUAAACAAAGGAGAAAACGAACCUUCCCUCAGAUCCUGGCUCCUGUUAUCUUCAGCACCUCUGUCUCCAAUGUCAGUAUUUCCAUCCAGCUUGGAGACACACCACCUUUUGCUUUGGGGUUUAAUUCCAUCUCCCUGGAUUACCAGCACCUCCGACCACAGAGUAUCCAUCAGCGGGCUGUCCUAACUGUGGAUCACCUCUGCUGGCGAGUAGGCAGUGAGUCCCACAUUCAGAGGGCACCACAUCCACCUAAUAUGCAUGUUUGGGGUGAAGCACUUGUCUUGGACUCCUUCACACUACAGGGUAGCUACAACCAGCCCCUGGGUUUGUCCAGCACCCAAUCCAAUACUCUCUUUCUUGACUGUACUAUUCGAGGACUUCAGGUAGAAAUAUCAGACAUCUGUGCCCAGUGUCUGUCUCGAAUCCUAUCCUUACUGAUUCCACAAUCUGAAAAGUCAGCUGUAUCUAGGAAAUCUUCACUUGGGGAAUCUGUGACCUUACUCUGGAAGGUGGACUUGAAGGUGGAAGACAUGAACCUGUUCACUCUUUCUGCACUGGUUGGUGCUUCGGAGGUCCGACUGGACACACUGACUGUCUUGGGCAGUGCUGAGACCUCCACUGUGGGGAUUCAAGGGCUCGUGCUUGCACUUGUGAAGUCAGUCACAGAGAAGAUGCAGCCCUGCUGCAAGGCACCUGACAUCCCCACGCCAGUGCUCGGCCUCUCCAUGCUCUCCCUCACCUACCACAGCAGCGUCCGUUCCCUAGAGGUUCAGUGUGGUGCGGGACUGACUUUACUCUGGAGCCCCCCAGAUCACAUGUACCUGUACCAGCAUGUCUUGUCCACUCUACAAUGCCGAGACUUGUUACGAGCUACUGUCUUUCCUGAGAUUGUUCAAUCCCAUGAACUAGAGACUCCACAGUCCAGUUCUGAGCCAGAAGACCAUCUACCCGAGCCAUCCCCACCAAGGCAGCUAAACCUGACCCUGGAGGUGAGCACAGCCAAACUGACAGCUUUCAUUGCUGAGGACAAGUUCAUUACCCUGGCUGCAGAGAACGUGUCACUGAAUCGGCAUGGAGGCUCACUGCAGGCUUACUGCCCAGAGUUGGCUGCUGGCUUUGACGGCAAUAGCAUAUUCAACUUCAAAGAGGUGGAGGUGCAGCUACUACCCGAGCUGGAAGAGAUGAUCCUCCACAGGAACCCCUUCCCUGUACUGAAGACCCUCCGGAAUCGGGUUUGGCUCUUUUCUCUUGGAUCAGUCUCAGUGGAGUUCCCUUAUCAGUAUGACUUCUCUCGAACUUUGGAUGAGGCUGUGGGAGUUCAGAAAUGGCUGAAGGGGCUACAUCGAGGGACACAUGCUUGGGCUUCUCCAGGCCCUGCCCCACUCCCACCUGAUCUACUCCUAAAGGUUCAACACUUUUCUUGGGUUUUCCUGGAUGAUGUCUUUGAGGUGAAGCUUCAUGAUAACUAUGAACUGAUGAAAGAUGAAAGUAAGGAGAGCGCCAAAAGGCUGCAGUUGCUGGAUGCCAAAGUGGCUGCCCUGCGGAAGCAGCAUGGGGAGUUGUUGCCAGCUCGAAAAAUUGAGGAGCUCUAUGCCUCUUUGGAACGCAAAAACAUUGAAAUCUACAUCCAGCGCUCUCGUCGUCUCUAUGGCAACACGCCCAUGCGCCGUGCACUGCUCACUUGGAGCCUGGCAGGGCUAGAGCUGGUAGCUCUGGCAGAUUCAUCCUUCCAUGGACCUGAACGUGUGAUAGAGCAGGUUCGAGAGCUUGACCCUGGCAGCCCUUUUCCUGCUGAAGGAAUAGACCUUGUCAUUCAGUGGUGUCGUAUGCUCAAGUGCAGUGUCAAAACUUUUCUGGUUCGGAUCAGAGACUAUCCACGGUACCUGUUUGAGAUCCGGGACUGGCGGCUCAUGGGUCGACUUGCGGGCACUGAGCAGAGUGGCCAGCCUUGCUCCCGUCGACGUCAAAUCCUGCAUUUGGGACUUCCCUGGGGUAACGUGGCAGUAGAGAGGAACAUGCCCCCACUCAAGUUCUACCAUGACUUCCACUCGGAAAUCUUCCAGUAUACAGUGGUCUGGGGCCCAUGCUGGGAUCCAGCCUGGACACUGAUUGGUCAAUGUGUGGACCUCUUGACCAAGCCCUCAGCUGACCCCAGCCCACCUUUGCCCUGGUGGGAUAAGAGUCGUCUUCUGUUCCAUGGGGACUGGCAUAUGGAUAUUGAACAAGCAAACCUGCAUCAGCUAGCCACUGAGGAUCCAUACAAUACAACUGAAAACAUGCACUGGGAAUGGAACCACCUUUCUUUUCAUUGGAAACCUGGUCAGUUUGUGUUCAAAGGGGACCUGGAUGUCAACGUAAGAACAGCCUCUAAGUAUGACGACUGCUGCUUCCUUCACCUGCCUGACCUCUGCAUGACACUGGACCUGCAGUGGCUGUGCCAUGGGAACCCUCAUGAUCAUCACAGUGUCACUCUGAGGGCCCCAGAGUUCCUGCCUGAGGUACCCUUGGGCCAGCUCCAUGACUCCUACCGGGCCUUCCGCUCUGAGAACCUCAAUCUCUCCAUCAAGAUGGAUUUGACUCGCCAUAGUGGGACAAUAUCCCAGCCCCGAAUUCUGCUGUAUAGUAGUACCCUGCGCUGGAUGCAAAAUUUCUGGGCAACUUGGACUAGCGUAACAAGGCCUAUCUGUAGAGGGAAACUCUUUAAUAACUUGAAGCCCAGCAAGAAGAAACUUGGCCAACACUACAAACAGCUUUCCUGUACUGCACUCUUUCCCCAGCUACAGGUACAUUAUUGGGCCUCAUUUGCCCAGCAACGGGGCAUCCAGAUUGAGUGCAGUCAGGGCCACGUCUUCACUCGGGGAACUCAGCGGCUUAUACCUCAAGCUGGCACAGUGAUGCGGCGCCUCAUUUCCGAGUGGAGUGUGACCCAGAUGGUGAGUGACUUAAGUCAGGUGACUGUGCACCUGAUGGCUUCACCUACUGAAGAGAAUGCUGACCACUGCCUUGAUCCCUUGAUAACCAAGACCCACCUACUGAGCCUGUCUUCCCUUACAUACCAACGGCACAGCAAUCGCACCACUGAAGAGGAGCUCUCUACUCGAGAUGGUGACCCUGCCUUUCAUACACAUCAGCUGUACUUGGUAGACCUACGGAUUUCCUGGACGACCACCAACAGGGACAUUGCCUUUGGCUUAUACGAUGGCUACAAAAAGGCAGCUGUACUCAAACGUAAUCUCUCUACUGAGGCCCUGAAAGGUUUGAAGAUUGAUCCCCAGAUGUCAGCCAAAAAGCCAAAACGUGGUAUCCCACCUAAUGCCCAAGUCCCACCUCACGUCAGCACUCCCAGCUUCAGUGGACGGCCUGAUAAGGGAUCAUCAGGAGGUGCUUACAUGUUACAGAAGCUGAUUGAAGAGACAGAUAGGUUUGUAGUAUUCACAGAAGAGGAGUCCGGUAUGAGUGACCAGUUGUGUGGCAUUGCUGCCUGCCAGACGGAUGACAUAUACAACCGAAACUGCCUUAUUGAGCUGGUUAACUGCCAGGCCACCUUUUCCCCAGGAGCUAAAGGUUCCUCAUUCUGUUCUCAGGUGAAGAAUAUUGAGGAGCACCGGGAACGUAGUCUGGACUCUGUUCAGGAGCUGAUGGAAAGUGGGCAGGCAGUGGGAGGCAUGGUUACCACAACCACAGAUUGGAACCAGCCAGCUGAAGCUCAGCAAGCCCAGCAGGUCCAGCGGAUCAUUUCACGUUGUAAUUGCCGAAUGUACUACAUUAGUUACAGUCAUGACAUUGACCCUGAGCUAGCAACUCAAAUUAAGCCACCUGAGGUUCAUGAGAACCAGGAAAAGGAGGAUCUCUUAAAGAAGCAGGAAGGGGCUGUGGAUACUUUUACUCUCAUCCACCACGAAUUGGAAAUUUCUACCAACCCAGCUCAGUAUGCUAUGAUUCUGGACAUCGUCAACAACCUGCUGCUCCAUGUAGAACCCAAGCGGAAGGAGCAUAGUGAAAAGAAACAGCGUGUCAGGUUCCAGCUUGAGAUCUCCAGCAAUCCUGAGGAGCAGCGCAGUAGCAUAUUGCAUCUGCAGGAGGCUGUGAGGCAACAUGUGGCCCAGAUCCGGCACUUAGAGAAACAGAUGUAUUCUAUCAUGAAGUCUUUACAGGAUGACAGCAAGAAUGAGAACUUGCUUGACCUGAACCAAAAACUUCAGUUACAGCUAAACCAGGAAAAGGCCAACCUGCAGCUGGAAAGUGAAGAGCUCAACAUCCUCAUCAGAUGUUUUAAGGAUUUCCAACUGCAGCGGGCCAACAAAAUGGAGCUGCGGAAACAACAGGAAGAUGUGAGUGUAGUCCGUCGCACUGAGUUUUACUUUGCUCAGGCACGUUGGCGCCUGACCGAGGAAGAUGGACAGUUGGGAAUCGCUGAGCUGGAGCUACAAAGGUUCCUCUACAGCAAGGUGAAUAAGUCUGAUGACACAGCAGAACAUCUCCUGGAGUUGGGCUGGUUCACUAUGAACAAUCUUCUCCCCAAUGCUAUCUAUAAGGUGGUUUUGCGGCCCCAGAGUUCCUGCCAGUCGGGGAGACAGCUAGCCCUCCGCCUUUUCAGCAAAGUCCGACCACCUGUUGGGGGUAUCUCUGUUAAGGAACACUUUGAGGUGAAUGUGGUGCCUCUCACUAUCCAGCUGUCGCACCAGUUUUUCCAUAGAAUGAUGGGAUUUUUCUUUCCUGGUCGUAAUGUGGAAGAUGAUGAAGUUGGUGAUGAAGAGGAUAAGUCCAAAUUGGUGACAACUGGAAUUCCAGUAGUGAAGCCUCGGCAGCUGAUGGCAACAGAUGAUGCAGUUCCACUAGGCCCUGGGAAAGGUGUAGCACAGGGUUUGACUCGGAGUUCUGGGGUCAGAAGAUCAUUUCGCAAAUUACCUGAGCACCCAGUUGAUGAUAUUGACAAGAUGAAAGAGCGAGCUGCCAUGAACAACUCCUUCAUAUACAUAAAAAUCCCACAAGUUCCACUGUGUGUCAGUUAUAAGGGUGAGAAGAACAGUGUGGACUGGGGUGACCUUAACUUGGUGCUACCCUGUCUGGAGUACCACAACAACACGUGGACAUGGCUGGACUUUGCUAUGGCUGUCAAAAGGGACAGCCGAAAAGCUCUGGUUGCCCAGGUAAUCAAAGAAAAGUUAAGGUUGAAACCUGCAACAGGGUCUGAGGUCCGGGGAAAGCUAGAGACAAAAUCGGACCUGAACAUGCAACAGCAGGAAGAGGAGAAAGCACGUCUCCUUAUUGGUCUAAGUGUGGGUGACAAGAACCCUGGCAAGAAGUCCAUCUUUAGCAGGCGCAAGUGAUCCAGAGAUCCAAGUGACUACAAUAUCGAAUCUGACUCUGGUUCAGGAUCCA